AUGGCUGCAGCUCUGUCCCGUGCCCUCAAAUUGCCCGGGAAGAAGGGCUCUGACCUCGGCGAGUACGACCCUCUCACCCAGGCGGACAGCGAGGACGAGAGCGAAGAGGAUGACCUCGUGCUCAACUACCCCCGCAACGGCCUCGGCAGGGACGGCUGCCUCAGCGCAGGCUCCUCGAAGCUGCGGAGCGGCAGAUCUGGAAGGCUCGUGGGGGCCGAAGACGAGGCGCAGGAGGGCGAGGAGGACGAGGAGGAUGACGAGUGGAGAGAGCGGCUCCCAAGCAAAUCCAGGCAGGACAGGGACGACAUGAAGGGCGUGCAGUACUGGAGCCACAGGGACUCGGGCAGGGACAGGGCCGGGGAGGACAGAGGGGGGGCUGGGCCACUGGGGGGCGCCGGGCUGGGGGUUCAUAGCACCGAGGCAGAGGAGAAGAGGAUGAGGAUGAAGAACGCUGUCCGGAGUGCGUUUUUCCUGGUGCCUCUGGUCUGCGCCACUUUGCUCGUGCUGCUGUGUGCGUUUCUGAUCCCGUGCCGGAAGGAGCUGGAGAAGAGGCUGCAGUGGGAGAGAGCACUGGGAGACACAGGAGAUGCCACUCCACCUGCGCUGGCGUUGUGGGAUGUUGAUGGCGAUUCAGUGGAGGAUGUGCUUCUGGCUGUGACUGAAUGGACCAAUGACACCCAUUCCACGCAAGGGAGCAAAGUUUACAGCGUGGUGGCCCUGUCUGCAGUCAGCGGCCAGGUGCUGUGGAGGAAAGUCAUGUGGGAGCCCGUGAUGUCCAUCCAGUGUGGCCUGCAGCACAGCAGCCAGCCGUCAGCCGUGGUCCUCCUCAUCAGCAAGUCCAUCGUCUUAGCAGUCAAUGGCACCACAGGGAAGAACCUGUGGUCAGCCCAGCUGAAGAAAAUUGAAUCCCAGGCGCUGUUACUUCCAGACCUCCAGGGAGACUCGGUCCCAGAUCUGCUGAUAGCCACCCUGCCUGCCAAUGAGGUGCUGGAUCUCUCCCUGACCUUCAUCUGUGGGCUGACGGGGGUAACGCUCGGACAGCCCGUGCCUUUCAACCUCAGCCCUCAAGGGAAGCUGAUUGGUCCUUUGCUGCACGAGACACAGCAAGGGGCGUAUUACAUCCUCUUUGGACUAGGUAAUGUCGUAGCCGUCUCUCUGCGUGAUAUCUACUUUAACGCCACCGGCAAAAUGCCCGCAGCUCCGGCACUACGCAGGACGGAUCCGGGCUGGGAGGGACUGGAGAAAAACAACUUUUCCUCCUUAGUGCACAUUUACAGAGGAUCUGAUCACGUGGAUUUCCUGCUCCCUCUGGUGGCUGGUUUUGACAACAACCACAACAGCCUGGACACUGUUUCUAACCUCAAUGCCACCAGAAGCGACUGGGUGGUGGUGUACAACUCCAGCAAGCUGUCAGUGCUCAGACAGAAGGACAGACGCAAAGAAUGGACCUUCAACUCCGCUCCCAUUCACAGCAAACCAGCGGCAGGACACUUCAAUGAUGAUGGAGUCCUCGAUCUUUUCAUCCAGCAUUCAGCAAACGGCAUCAUGCAGGCACAGGUUGUUGACGGGGCUGACGGGCACCUUCUCUGGACCGAAGAGUUCGUGUUUCCUUGUCUUGAUUUGGAAACUUCGGUAAUCGCCACCUCAACUGGCCAGUCAGCUUUCCUCUUCUGGGCCAGUGAGCCAAUCAGAGCGCGGAAGAAUGUUACCAAGACGACUGUGGCACCAGGUGUUGCUGCAGCGGAGCCGCUCAUAAGGAAACUUUUCCUGUUACACCCUGCGUAUCCCACAAUCCUCCUGGAGCUCUGCAGUACCACAGACACCACAGUCACCUCUGCAGUGAGCUACCAGAACCACCAGAAAGACGCCACCUACAUCACCGUGUCCUCCCAACCCACGCCUAAGUCUGAGCCCAGUGCUCGGAUAGUCAAGAGCAUGAGCCUCAGAGCUGCCAUCGCCAAAGGACAGAUCGUCAGACUUGGGGACGCCAACAAGCCCGCGGAGCCUGUUAAACCUGGCGCCUUCGAGGUCAACAAGUUCUUCAGGCGUUUGUCCUUCAAGCACCAGUGAUGAGCCACACCGCCACCGCCGCAGGAAGCAGCAAAGCUGGAAGGACUAGUCCCAGGACGAGAGGGAGGAAAGUCGUGGACAGCUCUGCACUAAGGACACACUGAGGAGACGCGUCUUGUUUGGUCCACAAAGUAUGAAUAUCUUUUGUUACUUGAAAGAGAGCUCUUUUCUGUAAAAAAGAUUCACGGUAGGUAGAGAUUUUGUCUGUAUUCUUUCGGUUCAUAUCCUGUUUGUACAUGAAACAGCUUAUUUAAAUUAUCUCUGAGGGACUCUUUAAUAUUCCAUUGAGUGUUUAUGACUGUUUGGACUCGAUGGCAGAAGAGGAACUUUAUACUGGAGUUUAUUACAGACAGUGAAGCACAAUAACGCCGAUGAAAGAGCAUGUAAAUGUGUUUACAGUAUGCAUCACUCAUUGAACUCUUCCGAGGCCAGUAUAUUCACGUGUAACAUGCUUUUUUUGUUUUGUCAUGAAGCCACUGAUAGUGUUUUCUUCAGCACUGUAGGGAGCCUGUAAAUAUUUAAUGCUGUACAGUAUUUAUUGACUUGCUUUUGUUGAGUUGUGUUGGAUUUUUUUAAUCCAAAACUGUUGUUUUCUCAGAAUAUGUGGCUGCAAAAGAUUACUGCAUUUAAAAUGUAAGCUGCAACUUCACAUGUCGCAAGAGGAAGAAUGAAAACCAUUUUUUUUCCUGCA